GGCGUUCGGCGCUGGCUUCCGGCCCGCCGAGCCGGAUGAGGCAGGGGCCGGCGACUGCGUUGCGGGCCAUGGGGCCGCGGCCGGGUUAGGGCGCGGCGAUGUCGGGCUACGCGCGGCGGCAGGGCGCGCCCCCACUAUCGCGGACGCGGAGCCUUGUGGUUCCCGACGCUCCUGCGUUCUAUGAGCGCCGGUCUUGUCUCCCCCAGCUAGACUGUGAGCGCCCCCAUGGCGGGGACCUGCACCCCCAUCUCUUCGGCUUUCGGCCGACGUUUAUGUGCUAUGUGCCCAGCCCGGUGCUGGCUUCGGUAGGAGACACAGGUUUUGGCUAUGGAAAGGGGAAAUGUACUAAACAAGGUCCUUCGGGAGCCCCUGAGACGCGCUUUGGAGGUGACAAACUUGAAGACCUUGAAGAAGCCAAUCCAUUCUCCUUCAAAGAGUUUUUGAAAACCAAGAACCUCAGCCUGUCAAAAGAAGACACGACCACCAGCCGAAUUUACCCAAAGGAAGCCUCAAGGCACCCACUGGGACUAGAGCACAGCUCCCCUGCCUCCCAGCUCAUGGGAUAUGGCCUGGAAUCUCAGCAGCCAUUUUUUGAAGACCCAACAAGAGCCAGCAACCUAGAGGAGGAUGAAGAUGAUGGGUGGAAUAUAACCUACUUGCCAUCUGCUGUGGAUCAGACUCAUUCCUCUAGAGACGCACAGGACUCGCCGCCCUGUGACACCUACCUUUCCUUUUUCUCCAACGCAUCAGAGCUGGCAGGUCCCGAGUCUUUGCCCCCAUGGACGCUGAGUGACACUGACUCCAGGAUCUCCCCAGCGUCUCCAGCUGGGAGUCCUCAUGCAGACUUUACAGCUCAUGAAGACUCCCUAGGGGACAGACACCUGCGGACGCUGCAGAUAAGUUAUGAAGCACUGAAAGAUGAAAACUCUAAGCUCAGAAGAAAGCUAAAUGAGGUUCAGAGCUUCUCUGAAACUCAAACAGAAAUGGUGAGGACACUCGAACGGAAGUUGGAGGAGAAGAUGAUCAAGGAGGAGAGUGACUUCCAUGACCUCGAGUCAGUAGUCCAGCAAGUCGAACAGAACCUCGAAUUGAUGACCAAACGGGCUGUAAAAGCAGAAAAUCAUGUCUUGAAGCUGAAACAGGAAAUAAAUUUGCUUCAGGCACAGCUCUCAAACUUGAGGCGAGAAAAUGAAGCCCUGCAGUCAGGCCAGGGUGCCAGCCUUUCUGUAGUGAAGCAGAACACCGAUGUGGCCUUGCAGAACCUCCACCUUGUCAUGAACAGUGCACACGCAUCCAUAAAGCAGCUGGUGUCUGGGGCAGAGACACUGAACCUUGUUGCUGAAAUCCUCAAGUCUAUCGACAGAAUUACUGAAGUUAAAGAUGAGGUGGACUCUUGAGACGCUCUACCUGCCACCGGGUCCCGUCACCUCUGCACCGAAGGCACCACACAUCUUCCGAAUGUGUUCUGUCUAUGCAGUCCUCAUCAAAGCAUUUCACGGCCUAAGCACGUGACUGGCCAUCUGCAGUCCAGGGCUCCUUUCCACCAGUUGCACCUAACAGUUUACAUGAAGUCCCACUGUUCGAUAGACUCACUGAUUUACUGGAAGACACUUUUAUAAAACCACUAAAGCUGAAACGACAGUUUUGUAACAAGCUGCUUUCACUAUCCUCUCUAGGACGAGGUCGGGCUCAGCCUCAGUUUUGUCAAGGGGAACACUAAGUGAGCCAGUGUGUAAGUGAGCAGCCUGUACAGAGAUGCGUGCCUCACUGAGGCAGCACCACUUGGUACGUGCUGCCGUCCUCCCACCAGGACCAUAGGACCAAGGUCACACACUGUGCACAGUGCAAAGCUUCAUACACCCUCUACUGUGUGCUGUCAGCUUUGGAAAGCCAUUUGGGGCUGUCGAUUUUGAUGCACGUUAAUGUGUUUGUGUGCCUUUUGUAUAGUGCAGUUCAGACUGGAAUCAAAGCACACACCCACCUGGGGGGUCAGCACCAGCUCUUUGGGCUGGCUGGCUGGCUGGCUGGCUGGUUUUUGAAGGACAAGCAAGACAUAAGCAGCUCCCUGUGCUGUGCUGGGGGGUCAAGGUUUGGGGGACACUUUCCUAUAGUUUUUUUUUUUUUUUUUUUUUUUAAUUUAUUUUUCCCUUUUCCCCUCCUGUUGAGAUCAACAGCUUUCUGAUCUAAAUAAAUCCUGAAGAUCA